AUGUUAACAUUUCUAAGGUGGCAAGUUUGAAAUUGUGAAUUAUUUUCUUAUUUUAAGAAUUGUUAAUAAAUAAAAAUGAUACCUAAUGCCAACAUAGAGACAUUUCGUGAAUGAAGAAUAAAUAAUUCAUAAAAAUAUGCCUAAAGGAUCACAAAAGGGACCAGGUCGACCUCGGAAAUCGGAGCCGAAAAAGAAAACACCGACAAGGCAAUCACAGCAGUCCCUAGGAACCAGCGAAACCUCAUCACCUGCAGAUUCCAGAAGUAGCGAUGACGGCACUAGAUACCAGGCUACAAAUCAAAGACCUCCAGCUCAGAGGAAAGGAUCUGGAAGGACCGGUCCCUCACCCGUUCAGCAUAAAAAGCACCGUCGCCCGGGAACCGUGGCUUUAUUAGAGAUAAGAAAAUACCAGAAGUCCACAGAUUUGUUGAUUAGGAAGUUAUCUUUUUCACGAGUGGUGAGAGAGAUUGGAAUGAAAAUAGCACCUGAUAGGAUUCGAGAACUGCGAUGGCAAUCUAUGGCCAUAUCUGCUCUGCAAGAGGCUGCCGAAGCAUAUCUUGUCCGUCUGUUUGAAGACUCCUACCUCUGUUGUCUGCAUGCUAAAAGGGUGACACUGCAACCAAAAGAUCUGUGGUUGGCGCGGAGAAUCGGUGGCUACAUAGAAUCAACCACCAACAGAGAUCUAUUUUAGAGAUAUUUUUAAUUGCCAUUUGUACAAACUGUAGCUUAAAUUUGUUGUUAAACUUGUCACUUGGUGCGUCUGAUAUUCUUUGUUUCAUUUUUCUUUGUAAUGUUUGCAAAGGUGGAGAAUUGUUAUGUGUGUUUGAUACUAAAUUACAAAUGUAUACCCACUGUGAAAAUGGAAAACAUAAAUGACUGUUUGAAUAGAUGUGUUAGUGCCUUGAUAUUUUUUUACAUAUAACAAUUUUAAGUAGCAUUUACUGUAACUCACUUUUGAGUCGUUAAAUAUAUAUUAUCUUGUCUAGUGAUAUAAAUGAAUGUAAGUAUCCAAAAAACUUAUGUUCCUAGAAUUUUGUAAUGAUUUGAUUCUAUGUUGUACUACUAGAAUUUUUAAAAUGUGGUAUUUUAUGGUCCAACAUUUUUUAUUAUGAAUCAAAAACAAAUUUUUAAAAUAUUACAACAAUGACUAAGCAAAGAUAUUUUCAAAUUUAAUUUACAAAUAAGCUAUGUUUAUCAGUUUCAGCUUAUUAUCUUGUAUAUUUUUGUACAGUGUAUUGUCUGGUUUGUGUGUUUUUAUUAACUUUUUAAAAUGUAUGUUACUCUGUUUAUUACUUAACUAUACUGUUAGCUGUAUUAAAUACAGUUAUUUAAUAAAAUCAGUUUCACACUUUUUUACCUCAAUACCAGAUGUU